GUGCCGGUGCUGGGGGGACGGGGCUGUGCAUUGGACGUCGGACGGUUGGACGUCGCGAAGUAAGUUCAAGUUCGCCCUUGCGGCGAAACCGUUCAGCCUAACACGUUUUGCAAGUAUAAUAAUAACAGAGUCUUAGAUUCAUAGGUCUCACGUUGUGGGGCAGCCAGCACGGCACUAAUAAGGACAGGUGCUCGCGCUCGCAGCUUACACGCCUACGGGCCUCCUGACAGGUACAUAAGUGCUGAUAUUGUAAACGUCUACCGCUAUGAUAAUUAAUUUGACCCUGUCUCAGCCUAUGCGAUGACAUUGGCCUCAGUUAUCGGCCGGCUUGUCUUUCUUGCGGCAGAGAAUUCGAUACUAUAUUUUUGAGAGUGCGAAAUAUGAUAAUAUUCCAGUUACUGCGGCUAUCAUGUUCCAGCCGGGUAUCGGAACUUCGUCGCUGGGGCACCUCGUAUCAGGAGUGCUGGCCAAAUUGCGCAAGUCCCACAACAUGCAAGUGCCGGCGGUGUGGCUGCAGGCGGCUCAUCGCACACACACGGUGUGCCGUCCGCGACCACGUGUCGCAGGAGGGACAGUAGCAGCCUCUGACGGGGGAGCGCCAGUGCAGCAGGCAACGACGUAGGAAUCUGCACGCCGAAAUCAGGGGUGUGGAGGUCGUUGACACGAAUUACAGCUGCACGACUGCGGCGGUGUCAACUGCGGUCAGCGCACUAGGCCCCGGUCAUGGUGAAGACGAUGUGCAGGGCGGCAGCGGUUUUGAUGCGUUAUCUUGAUGUCUGGGUGCGUGUUCGCUUUUGAUGCGGCAUGUUGAUUGAUGUCUGGGUGAUAGGCUUGGCGGCUGCCGCGGCGUUUGACUUGCUAUCCGUGACCGCUCUUUAGUUGCAUUCUUGUUUCGGUUUCUUAGGUUUUGGUGUGGCCGGGCAGCUCUUUUCCAGGCAGCGGCGGCGGCGGCAGCAGCAGCGGGGGCGCGUGCGCGCAUCUUGGUAGCGGAGGGGGCGGGAAAGGCCACGUGGAGGAGGAGAGCGCAGCGCCGCCCAAGAAGCGGCGCAAGCGCGCAGACUCAGGAGCCAGCUGGCGGUGUCUAGGUAGCGGUCCGCGGUGGGGCUGGCAGGGCAUGCGUAGCGGCAUGACAAGCAGUGCGGCUGUUGACAACUGUGCUGCGUCUGGCUGCUGCGAUUGGCUCUGCUGUGGCAUCGCGAGUGCUAGGCAGCUGGUUUGGCUAUGUGCCUGUGGAAACCGACCCCGGCUAUG